GGACGUCUAACCCCGCCUUCCCGCGGGCUGCAGCCGGGGAGUACCUGUAACAACAGUAAACGACACGUUCAGCAGGAAGAGCAAGUGCUAAAUUCGUCCUCACCUGUUGAAUGUUCAAAAAAUCCAGUGGGGGAAAAAUCCAGUAGGAUUAAACGAAAUCUACAGACUACAGACAGCUGUUUGGACAUCUGGAAUCCCCCCAAAUCAGUGAGUUGAAUGAUCUGGAUCAGAGUUUGAAUAAAACCUGACCUUUCACCAGCAGGCGGAGAGGAAGGAACAGUAGGACACGUGUUCUCAGGUGAGAAUGAAUACUGUCCGAGAGGCGUUCAUGAGACAAAAUGAAGAGGACGACGAAGAGGAAGAGGAAGAAAAGGUAACGGAGGAUGAGGAGCCCAGAGCCUGCGGUGUGUGUGGAGAUCUGGCCAAAGGUUACCACUUUAACGCCUUGACGUGCGAAGGCUGCAAGGGCUUCUUCAGACGUGCCAUAAAGAGGCCGACGCAGCCCCACUGUCCUUUCCUGAAUAAAUGCAUUAUAACCAAAAACAACCGCCGCUCAUGUCAAGCCUGCCGCUUCCGAAAAUGCCAGGCCAUUGGCAUGCGCAAAGAAAUGGUCAUGUCUGAGAAGGAGGUAUUGGAGAGGAGGAUCCGAAUCAAGAAGAAAAAAAUGCAUGGUGCACAAUUACAGCUUUCGUCCCAACAGGAAGAAACCAUUCAGGAGCUGCUCUGUAGCCACCACAGCACAUUUGACUCAACAUUUUCCCGCUUCAGUGGCUUCAGGCCUAUGGAUAGAAAUAUAAUUCCGGUGUGUAAAUACAACCAGUCUACAAGCGAGACCUCUAACCCGCUGACCAACUGCCCUACAAACACUUGCACUACAUUUAAUGAAUCUGCCACAGACCCCAGAAUAUCCUCGUAUGCUGGCUCCCUCUCCUUCUCUUCCUCCUCCUCCAGUCUCUUUGGUUUCUUUGAAAACCACGAGAACCAAGAGGCGGAAGAGGUCAGAAAAAGCAGUGUUUUUACUGCUCUUCCACAUUUGACUGACCUCGCCUCUUACAUGAUCCAGGACAUCAUCAGUUUCUCCAAAAGCCUUCAGAUCUUCAGGUCUUUAACCAUGGCAGACCAAAUCGCUCUGUUAAAGGGAGCCACGUUUGAAAUCAUGCAGAUUCGUUUUAACAUGGUGUUUAAUGUAGAAACAAGCAUCUGGGAAUGUGGCCAUAUGACAUACUGCAUAGACGACGCUGUACGAGCAGGUUUCCAGCCGCUACUGCUGGAGCCUCUUUUGAAAUUUCACCAUACACUGCGCAAACUGGGCCUGCAGGAGGAAGAAUAUGUUCUCAUGCAAGCCAUGUCCCUCUUUUCUCCAGAUCGCCCAGGUGUGCAGCAACACAGCAUGAUUGAUGAGGUACAUGAAAACCUGGCGCUCACACUAAAAACCUGGAUCGACUGCAAGAGAACAGGCUCAGGAAAACACUUGCUCUAUCCCAAAGUGAUGGCCUGUCUCACAGAGAUGAGGACGAUGACCGAGGAGUACAGCAAACAGGUUCUGCAGAUCCAGGACAUCCAGCCUGACGAUAUCUCUCCUCUCAUAAUGGAGGUGUUCAGUAAAAACCCUGUGUAAUGACUUCUAAUACAUACAUCUACUGCACAUGGACACUCUGGGACCACCUCUGUCAUUUAAUAAUGAAGACUCCAAACUGAAACCCAGCUGAAUGUAUGUCAUGCCCUACUCAUAUGUUAACUAGCAUAAGUUCUGUGCACACUAUCUAUAAAUCAAAGAAACCAUCAAAGGGGCCGCAUUAAGUUUCUUGCUGGUUACAGUAAUCAAUCAUUUGUUAUCUGUUUUGGUUACAGUAAGUGUGUAUUGUGUUUUCAGAAUGAAUGUUGACUUAAAGAUGGGAGGUUUUACUAUUUUAAUAUUGCACACAGUAUUGUGAGAGGCAGUGAAGUAUGUAUGGAAACAGCCGUAUCUGCGUAGAUAUUUAUAUUUGUUACCUCAGGUUGUGUUCAGUUUUAUGUGCCAGUGUCAUGGUGUACAAAAAAAAUGCUCUACAUCUAUUGUAAAUGAAACUGAAAAAGGUGCUCUUCAGAUUGAA